CGCCAUGUCUGAUCCUGCUGCAGCCGAGUAGACAGCGACGCAGCGGCGAAUUGAGAGGAUUCGGAUCAGGUUCGGAAUCCGAAUGGCGGAAACCUCGGGGAUUCCACAGGGCUCCCCAGCUGUUGGGGCGACGGGCUCUGCCCCAGCCGCCCCUGGAGUCGGCGGAACCGAAUGUUCGGGAGUUGUAGUCGGCUCCGCACGUAUUGCAGUGAAAAAGGCUCAGCUCCGAGCCUCCCCACGUCCGAAAAAACUGGAGAAACUCGGAGUGUACUCCUCUUGCAAGGCUGAAGGAGCUUGUAAGUGCAAUGGUUGGAAGAGUCAGAACCCGCCCCCAACACCGCCACCUCCAACCCCACCUAGGGCUGAGCAGCCCACUGCUGUGAACUUGCAGGAGCCCUGCAGGAGCUGUAGCCACUCCCUUGGUGAUCAUGUGACCCACCUGGAGAAUGUGCCGGAGGAGGAGAUGAACAGGCUACUGGGAAUUGUCCUGGACGUGGAAUAUCUUUACACCUGCGUGCAUAAGGAGGAGGACGCAGACACCAAACAAGUCUAUUUCUCCCUGUUUAAAUUGUUGAGAAAGUGCAUCCUGCAGAUGGGGAGACCUGUGGUUGAGGCUUUGGAGAGUCCUCCGUUCGAGAAACCCAGCAUUGAACAGGGUGUGAACAACUUUGUCCAAUAUAAGUUCAGUCACCUCCCCUCAAAAGAGCGGCAAACCAUUGUGGAGUUAGCCAAAAUGUUUCUCAACCAGAUCAACUACUGGCAGCUGGAAACUCCCUCACAGCGGAGACAGCGGGCCCCCACUGAUGAUGUAGCGAGUUAUAAAAUCAACUACACUAGGUGGUUGUGUUACUGUAACGUCCCUCAGUUUUGUGACAGCCUCCCACGAUAUGAGGUCACCCAGAUUUUUGGCCGAACGCUUCUUCGCUCCGUAUUCACCGUAAUGAGGAAACAGCUACUGGAACAGGCCAGACAGGAAAAAGACAAACUCCCGCCUGAGAAACGCACUCUCAUCCUUACACACUUUCCCAAGUUUCUCUCAAUGCUGGAGGAGGAGGUGUACAGUCAUACUUCUCCUAUCUGGAGUGAAGAUUUCAUUAUUGGCUCAUCAGGAGCACAGAUUCCAACAGUGAUCAGUGCACCCCCGGUAGCCCGACCUCUGACCUACAACAGUAGUCCUGCUCCCGUGGAGAUGGUUGGAGGAGGCAGUUUAAGUCCAACACAGAAAAAUACAUCCUCUGUGGAACCCAGUCCAGGUGGAGAGAAGAGGAAGCCCUCUGAGCUGCUGUCACAUGAGGACAGUAAGCGGACACGGGUGCUCGGUGACAUCCCCAUGGAGCUGAUCAAUGAAGUCAUGUCCACCAUCACUGACCCCACGGCCAUGCUUGGACCGGAGACCAGUCUGCUGUCCGCUCACUCUGCGCGUGAUGAGGCAGCACGUUUGGAGGAGAGGCGUGGGGUCAUAGAGUUUCAUGUCAUCGGGAACUCGCUCAACCAAAAACCCAACAAAAAGAUUCUCAUGUGGCUGGUUGGGCUCCAGAAUGUCUUCUCCCAUCAGCUACCCCGCAUGCCCAAAGAGUACAUCACACGCCUCGUCUUUGACCCGAAACACAAGACUCUGUCUUUGAUUAAAGAUGGCCGCGUGAUUGGGGGAAUCUGCUUCCGAAUGUUCCCGUCUCAGGGCUUCACUGAGAUAGUCUUCUGUGCCGUGACGUCAAACGAACAAGUUAAGGGUUAUGGUACUCAUUUGAUGAACCAUCUGAAGGAAUAUCACAUCAAACACGACAUUCUCAACUUCCUCACGUAUGCAGACGAAUAUGCCAUUGGCUACUUCAAGAAACAGGGCUUUUCGAAAGACAUUAAGGUACCCAAGUCUAAGUAUGUGGGCUACAUUAAAGACUAUGAGGGAGCCACUCUGAUGGGCUGUGAACUGAACCCCAGCAUACCGUACACAGAGUUCUCCGUCAUCAUCAAGAAACAGAAAGAGAUCAUUAAGAAGCUGAUAGAGCGAAAGCAGGCUCAGAUUCGGAAGGUGUAUCCUGGACUCUCCUGUUUUAAGGAGGGAGUUCGACAGAUUCCUAUUGAGAGCAUCCCAGGCAUCCGUGAGACAGGUUGGAAGCCUCAAGGAAAAGGGAAGGAACUCAAAGAUCCAGACCAACUCUACAGCACCUUAAAAGCCAUCCUGCAGCACGUCAAGUCCCACCAGAACGCAUGGCCUUUCAUGGAGCCUGUGAAGAAAACAGAGGCUCCUGGAUAUUACCAGGUCAUCCGCUUCCCUAUGGAUCUAAAAACAAUGAGUGAGCGGUUGAAGAGUAGGUACUACACCACGAGAAAGCUCUUUAUGGCAGACAUGCAGAGAAUCUUCACCAACUGUCGUGAAUAUAACCCACCUGAAAGCGAGUACUACAAAUGUGCCAACCUGCUGGAGAAGUUUUUCUACACUAAGAUUAAAGAAGCUGGCCUUAUUGACAAGUAGAUCACACGAACCACCAUACUGAUCUGUUUAUGUAUAUUUAUUUAUUUAUUUGUUUGGUCUAUGUUCAAAUGAGUUCUCUUGCCCUGUCUCUCACUCCUCCUGUCCUCUAAGAAGAGGGGUUUGCUUGUGUGUGUACAGAGCCAUGAAAAACUAGCAUGUCUGUUUCUGAACAAUUCCUCCUGCCAAAACAGAACAUUUCAGACGCUAUGUGUGUCUAUGGGACAACUUUAUGAAGAGUUGCACAUUUGUUGACACAGGGAAUGGGGGAGGUUAGGGUUAAGCACACAUUAUAUUAAAUGAACUAAUGACAUGCCCUAACCCGUGCUUUAUGUCCAUCUGCACUUAUUUAUUAUUUAAGAUAAACAGAAUUGUGAUAAAUAGGAGCCUUUGUAAGAAAUGAAUAUUUGUGAUAUAUGAAAAUUGCUUGUGGUUCAUUUGAGUGUGUCAGUGUUGUGCUGUACAGUGUGUGUGUGUGUGUGUGUGGGUGGGUGAGGAAGGGAAGUUGUUUAUGGAUUGGCUCGCAACUUACCUGCCAAUCUAACAGUACACCUUUGUUUUUGAAGAAGGAACUGUGAUAAUGUGCAAUAACUUGUAGGUUUCUUUUGUUGUUUUGUAAAACGUUUGUACUUUGAAAUAUUUAGAAAAGUGGACUUUGUAAUACAUUGAGGAACAGAUGUUUCAAGGUCUUUUUCUUGUAGUUUUAAAGACAGUCUAUUUUAUAGAAGGAUUAAAAAUUGACAGUAUUUAGACUAACCAGCUAUAACAGGUGUGUUGUUUCUUAAUUAUGUAAUAUUCAAAAUAAGUUCAGAAACAACUCGUUACCUUUCAUAAGGACAGUGGCUUUUUUUUU